CCUGCCUGCUGCCGUGCAAUGGACUGUGGUGGAUGGCGGAUCGAAGGAAUGUGCUGCUGCCCCUAGUCUUCCUGACCUGGUUCUGGUUCAGUCAAUCUCACCAACCCCUACGCCAGCCCGGCUUUGCCGCCCGUCCGACCGUCAAAGAUGCCAUUGUUGCCGAGCAGGAGCAGUUGUGGGCAAUUGGAAAUUCAUCAUGGAGUACCGAAGUCGAGCGCGAGGGCCCGACAGCGAACAUCACAGGCUUCGAGACAGAUAGUGGCUUCAUCUGGGACGCCGUGCCUGCGGUGAGAGCACGGGCGCAAGAGCGGCUGGAAUAUGCGCUGGGCGACUGGGGAACUGCGGCCUUGGAGGGACACGCAGAAGGGAGAAAUCCCAUCCCGCUAUACAACAACGUCACUGGAUAUGUGAUGGGCAAAUGGAGACGCUCACCACUGCAGGAGACUGUGUCCACGCCACAGCUCAACUUGACACGCUACAUUCCCAAGGACCCAUUCGCUCAAAACACGAGUCCUGGACGUUUCGAAAGAAACGUCACCGGUCAACGCGGCGAAGCCACGAUUCGGUUCAAACAGUACGAGGGGACAUAUACGGAGAACAGCACAACUGAAAUGGGAGUACAUCUGCUUCUUGCAGAUGGUGAAAGUUAUGACGAGUGGGAAGCGCAGUUGCAUGGGACAUAUGACAUCGCUACUGGCCAUGGCAUCUUCAGCACGACCAGCGACAAGUUUGGCGGAAUAUUUGGUCUGCCACAUUUCGCUCUUUCCCAACACACUUUUGAGACGAUGCGCAAUCUGCUCAACAGAUCCAUUGCGCACGAGAUACAUCGACAGAUUUCUGAAGACUCCGACGCUCUGAAUCCAUGGACGUCCAAGAUGGAGGCAACCGACGACUUUGUCUGGCCCAGAUGCGAGCUUGUGGUCUAUCUACAGCAAAUGGCAACUGCCACGAACAUGCAAUACGGAUCGGCUGUGCUCAGAUUUCUCGAGCGAGAGCUGCGAUUUCCCACUGGCGCUUUCGUGCCGCCCCCGGCCGACCUCCACUUCUCUAUGCUGUUAUUCUCCCCAGAUUGCGGCUUUGUGUUGGAGUCACAGGGCCCCCCAGACACUGUCGUGCAGGAUGGCAAUCAUCUGGUUGGCCCAAAAUUGGAAGUCCGAUUCCUGCAUACACGCAAUCAUCUACUGGUCUUCAUUGGCGUUCUGUUUGCACAAAUCACGAUACUGAUGCGGCAGAUGCGCGAGGCUAGUACUCCUUCCACACGCAGCAGGAUUAGCCUGUACACCACCAUCUUGCUUGUGCUCAGUGAUGGAUACGUUACUAUGGGGCUCAUUGUGGCCACCACAUCUGUUCCAGCGCUUCUCGUCCAAUUCGCGGGAGCUGGCUUCGUCGCCUUUGUCAACGUGGCCAUGCUCGGCAUGUACUUUGUGAGGACCAUCUGGCAAGUGCAAGAACCAGAACGCGAACGUGCUGUGCGGGCAGAAGUCGAAGAGGACUUGCGAAUUUCGCAAAGGCUUUUGGAAACAUUGAAUCGCUUACGAGCCGAACGUCAAGCGAGAGAGCAAGCGGCCGCUGGAGGAGGCAAUGCACCCCAUACUACAUCCGCUGCUGAGACUGACCCUCCUACCACACAAGACACUGAAGCAACAGGAACAGAACAAAUCUUGCCUGGAACCUUUCCGCAAGCCCCUACCCCAGCACCAGCAGACACCGGGGCAUCACCCGUCUUCUUUAUGCCUUCAGAUCAAGAGGGUCUGCUACCGAUAACGGAAACUGCUCCUCCUCGAAACGUCGAUGCCAUGGUCGCAAGUCGCAUGCCCAGCUUUGGAUCCUUGUACGCAAAGUCUUAUGGAACUCUCGUUAUUAUUGUCUUCAUCAGCUUGUUGGCAAUGUCUUGGCCUGGCCCAGUGCGCCGCGUCUUCUUCAUACUCCUCUCAUUCUGUAUGACGAGUUAUUGGGUUCCUCAAAUCGUGCGUAACGUCCAACGGAACUGCCGCAGAGCACUUCGAUGGGAGUUUGUGAUCGGGCAGAGUGUCCUGCGACUGGUUCCUUUCGCUUACAUCCACGUUUACAAGAAUAACGUCGCUUUCGCGGAGCAGGACUUUUACAGCAUGGCUAUACUGGUCCUUUGGCUGUGGGUGCAGAUCGUUGUACUUGGAUCACAGGAACUCAUUGGGCCACGUUGGUUCGUGAAAGCAAGCUGGAAAUCUAUCCCUGCUGCGUACGACUAUCAUCCCAUCUUGAGAGAGGACGAGGAAGGCGGCAACAUGCCUAUCGGGUUCAGUGAGGCAGCUGGUGUAGCCAAAGACGCAUCUGCGCCUUCAUCCCCCGUACACGAGCGGGUUCCUUCACUAGGGCGCCGGACAAGCAACGCCAAAGAGCCGCAAGAAAAGGGCAAGCGUGUCUUCGAUUGCGCCAUCUGUAUGCAAGACUUGGAAGUUCCAGUCGUUGAAGCUGGAGCGCCUAGUGAUGCAGGCGGGCUUGGUGCGAACUUGUUGGCAAGGCGAACAUACAUGGUCACACCUUGUCGUCACAUCUUCCAUACCCCUUGCCUCGAGGGCUGGAUGAAGUUCCGCUUGCAGUGUCCGAUUUGCAGAGAGACUUUGCCUAGUCAGUAGCGAGCCAAGCAGGCUGAUAUAUCUAGAACCUCAAUGGAGUAUGUCGUUGUACUAUCCUCAUUGGUUCGCUUCUGCUAUGAAUGUGUCCUCAGCGAACCUUGAAUGGUACUGAGUGAGCUGGAGCCAGCCUUGUCGGCUCUGCAGCAUACAAUGCCAGAGAAGCCCUAGGUAUUACUUGCCGCUGUGUCAUCUGUCCCAGAUCCGGAGUCCUCGCACGGCAAGACUACGGCCUCUUGCUCCCUAUGCUUGGGCGCGGCGGUUUUGUACCAUACCUUUAGACAGAGAUACCGAUCGCUGCUCCACUGCUCUCUCAUUUGAAGCAUAUCUUGCUUCUUGGCCGGCCAUUGUCUACUCAUUGGCUUCGGGCGCGCUGUCGAACGGAGAGACCGAUCAUGAUCCCUUCGCUCUCAUUCCAGAUGGGUACACAUACCCUGGGGCCUAUCCUUGAUCUCCUUGGCUUCGUACUCAAGAGUCAGCUGGAGACUUCUCAAUUUCGAUUCAUUCUCCUUUCGAAUACCAAUGGCUGCUGCGGAGACACCUUUCCACAUUCGACGGCAUCCCAGCUCAACGAUGCGAUGGAAAACCACUUUAUGAGUCUUUCGCUCUCCUCUGAAAUGUGCAACGCUUCACAUAGCCCUACCUCAGACUUGUUGGCUUUCUGAUCGAGACUUACCUCGAGACAGCCGUCACAGGAUCUCAAUUCCCUUCCGAAGGGCAAGCACUAUUUUUCGCCCUCAUCCAUGCUCGUUGGGUUUGCGGUCGAAGCUGCAGUGGAGAGACUAUCGUCUCCCUCCUACUCUUCUCAGAUAUGUCCACCGCUGCCUGCAGCUCGUCUCUCUGCUGGUCACCUCUUAUAGCACACUUGGAACAGAAACGCCCGUCGAUGUUUUUGACUGCCAUUACACAGGAAUUCACUCCUCAAGGCUU